AUGGCAGGUGCCUCAAAUGGUUCAACUGUCGCUGGACAAUCUCCCACUAUUUUGAAUGGACCAGUUGGUCUUGUACUUGAUUCGAAUGACAAUAUGUAUUUUUCCGAUAGAGGCAAUUGUCGGGUUAUGUUCUGGGCAAAUGGUGCAUCAUCUGGUUCGACGAUCGCUGGAACAGGCUCAUAUGGAAGUGCAAACAAUGAAUUUGAAAAUCCUUCUAUGAUUGAAUAUGUUUCAAGCACGAAUAUAUUGUACAUCGCUGACACAAUGAAUCAUCGUAUAAUGAAAUAUUUAUUGAAUGCUUCAUCAGGCACUGUAGUUGCAGGUGGAAAUGGACAAGGAUUAAGCAACACUCAGUUAUCGAAACCAUAUGGAAUGGCUUUAGAUUUAUCUACGAAUAGUUUAAUAAUUUGCAAUUAUGCUGCUCAUACUGUAGUUCGUUGGAUAUUAGGUGAUAAUAGUUGGACUCUUAUUGCCGGCAGUGCUAGUGGAACAAGUGGUAGUUCAGCAACACUACUCUAUCAACCGGUAGGUGUAACAUUAGAUCAAUAUGGAAAUAUUUAUGUAGCUGAUUCAGGAAACCAUCGGAUUCAAUGUUUUUUAGUUGGGCAUUCGGCAGGCAUAACGAUCGCAGGCGUUACUGGUUCACCUGGUAUAAGUGCUAGUCAAUUAAAUGCUUCCUUUGGACUGAUAUUAGACAAUCAAUUGAAUUUAUAUGUGGCUGACACCGCUAACAAUCGCAUCCAAAAGUUUGCACGAUACUGA